AUGCCAGAGAAAUCUUCCAAAGUCUCCGGGCUUGGAGUGUCUGCAUUCCCUCCUAGCCUCAUUGCGAGACCUACGGGCACGUUCCUUUCCACGCCCUGGAAAAGACUGCCUAUUUCGUGGAGAUCCAAUGUGAGUCCCUCGGCUGCGAUUCAAGCAGCCUGGGCAAUCCUCAUUGGCCUGACACUUAAUACCGAAGACGUGUCUUUCGUGCUCCAGGAGCUGGAAGAGGCUAAUGCCCCAAAUCACGAAGCCAACGAGGUCAUCCCCGGGUUGGGGCGAGUUGAGACAACCCUAUAUAGGGACCAGAUGCUGGUAGAGCUUCUCAACAUCCUCGAAGCUCGACCAGCAGCAGGUGACAGUGCUUAUAAGCACUACGACACGUGCCCUUGCAUACUUCAAAUAUCCCCCUGUCUCGAGGGACAGGGUGCAACGGAUACUAUCUCGAAGCAGAAUGGCGAAAGCCACGCAGAUGCAAGACUCGUCGUCUCCUGUGGUUGGAGUGCUUCGGAUCUAUCCAUCAUCGGUAGAUACGACGAUGCGGUACUGCAGCCAGGGGAGGUCAACCGAAUGCUUGACCAAUUCAUACACCUGCUUGGUGUUCUCACUGCCUCCGAUGGUAGCACAACACUGGGCCAGUUACAGAUCUGUGGCCCCAGCGAUUUAUCCCAGAUUCGACAAUGGAAUUCAAGUUGCCCUGAAAGGGUUAUGAAACUCGCGCAUGAUAUCAUAACAUCGCAAGCCAACCGGAGACCAGACGCCCUGGCAGUCAGUGCCUGGGAUGCCCAAUUCACAUAUCGCGAGUUGGAAAGCUUUUCGGAAACUAUAGCGCAGCGGCUGCUAUCUUUGGGGGUCCAGCCAGAUUCUUUGGUCCCCUUCUGUUUCGAAAAGUCCGCCUGGGCAAUUGUCGCGAUGAUCGGCAUCCUCAAGGCCGGUGCAGCAUUUGUCGCAUUAGACCCUAUGAACCCUCUCGAGAGGUUGAACGGGAUAGUGCAAAGAAUUGGAACCGAUGUCCUCCUCACCUCCGAGGCGAGCUUUGAGAGAUUACAUAUGUUGGCACCCAACACGAUUGUUGUUUCCCAGCUGGAGGUGACACGACUGGCCAAAUUGGACCAGUCAAGGAGGACUCUUAGCAGCGUCACUCCCUCCAACCUAGCCUAUGUCAUUUUCACAUCCGGAAGUACUGGUACUCCAAAGGGCGUCAUGAUUGAGCACCAUUCUCUCGCCCAGAGUUGCCUGACCUUAGGUACUCAAAUGGGGUCUGUCGAUGAGACACGGAUGCUUCAAUUUUCGUCUUUUACCUUCGACGCUUCCGUACUUGAAAUUUUCCCUACCUUGUUCCACGGGGGUUGUAUAUGCAUGCCCUCCGAUUCCGACAGGGUCGACAACCUCGAGGAGUACAUCAAUAACAACAAUGUUGAUCUCGUCUUCCUCACGCCCUCCAUAGCGGCGAUUCUCGAUCCCACGAGUAUUCCAAAAGUACAUACUCUCGUCACGGGUGGAGAGGCAUUCUCGGGAGACACAAUGAAAUCAUGGUUGGAAAAUCGCAUAGUCAUGAAUGCAUACGGUCCCAGCGAGAUUACAAUUGCUUGCAACAUGACGAAGCUCACUGUUACCCAUCCCAGCAAGUGCAUCGGCCACGCCAUCAGCACCAUAUCCUGGAUAGUUGACCCAGAGGAUCAUAACAGGCUCAUGCCGGUAGGGUGUGUAGGAGAGCUCCUGGUGCAAGGGCAUACAUUAGCACGCGGGUAUUUCCAAGACGAGGAGAAGACGGCCUCUCUCUUCAUUGAAGCUCCAGCUUGGUAUGAUCCUACGCAGCUGCCGGACGCACCGACGAGACUCUACAAAACUGGUGACCUGGUACGAUAUGAGCCAGAUGGCUCCCUACUUUAUGUCGGCCGGAAAGACGCCCAAGUCAAGGUCCGCGGCCAACGCGUUGAGCUGGAAGAGAUCGAGCAUCACCUUACCACAAACGGGAUGGUUAGCCAGGCGUUGGCUUUGUUUCCUUCCUCUGGCUUCCUCAAACAUCAAAUUGUUGGGAUUUUGGUCCUGGAAGAGGAAGCUAAAGUCAAUUUCGAUGGCGAAAUUCGUCUGUUGGAAGACGAGGCCGCAACGAGAAUCAACAAGAUCCGCAGCUCGCUUUCCGAACUACUACCAAGCUACAUGGUUCCUGGCCAGCUGAUUGCAGUUCAGUCGUUGCCGCUCCUGCCUUCUGGGAAGGUUAAUAGGAAAUCUCUGGCGCAAUGGAUUGAAACUGUUGACAAAUCCAUUCUCAGAGCAGCGACGGCCCAGCCCCAGUCCACAUCAGCGAACACACCUGUGUCUGAUAUAGUGCUGUCACUUCAACAGAUAGUCAGUGAUGUUUUGAAUAUCCCAGUUGCGGAAGUCCAUCUGCAACAAUCAUUUCUCAGUCUGGGAGGCGAUUCGAUCUCCGCGAUGCAAAUCGUCACCCGCUGCAGGACCCAAGGGAUGGAUCUAGCGACAAGAAAUGUUCUCCGCAGUUCGUCAAUCUCAGAGAUGGCCCUUCACGUCACAUCAUCCAAGAGACCAACUAUACAGGACUGGGACGAAGAAGAGAACGGCGCCAUAUUCGCGCUUUCCCCGAUGCAGAAGCUGUAUUUCGGUCUUGUGCCAAGCGGUGAUAAUGAGUUCAAUCAGAGCUUCCUCCUGAAUCUCCGGGGCCAGAUAGAUGACGAGAUCCUUGAUCUGGCAAUUAAGGCAGUGGUUGAGCGACACUCGAUGUUGCGAGCCCGUUUCACUCAUCACGAAGGGGAAUGGGUACAAUACAUAUCAAAAGACACUGAAUCAUCCUACCGACUCAUUUCCCACCGUGUCAGCGGCCCCGAGAUAACCCCCGACAACAUGCCGCACAGUGCCGCCUUAGUGAACGCGGAGACAGGGCCUCUGCUUGUGGCGGAUCUCAUCACAGCCGAUACCGGGGACAGGUAUUUGCGGUUAACUGCUCACCAUUUGGUUAUUGAUCUUGUGUCAUGGCGAAUCAUUCUGCAUGACUUGGAAGAAUAUUUCAAGCGCGGAAUGCUCGUCGGGGGAAAGCCUCUUCCAUUUCAGAGCUGGUUGCAUUUUCAGGACGAAUACACCUCAAGCGCAGUUCUCCCCCCGGCUCUCCGAUCUUUCGAAGAUGCUCUCCCGGAAUUGCAAUAUUGGGGAAUAACAGAGUUGCCAUUAUCGAAAAUCGACAAUCACACGCACAGUUUCACGUUGAGCGCAGAUCUGACAGAGGAGAUCAUGAAGGGCUGCCAUUCUUCACUUCGUACAAACCCUGUCGACAUUAUGCUCGCAUCACUUCUAUUUUCUUUCGGGAAAAUCUUCAAUGACAGGUCCCUGCCCAUUGUGUUCGAUGAGGGACAUGGGCGUAACCUGGGUGACGAAGCGGUCGACGUCUCCAGGACGGUAGGCUGGUUCACCGUCCUGCUCCCUAUACUUGUGAUGCCCAAGGAGAACGGGACAAUUGUCGAUAUGAUCCGCCGAGUCAAGGAUUUCCGGAGGACGCUUGCCGGGCACGAGGUCGCGUACUUCCGGAACAAAGUCCUUAGAAAAGACAAUACUCACACGAAGAAUUUCCCUGUGGAAAUCCUCUUCAAUUUCUUCGGCCAGUACCAGCAGCUGGAAAGGGCAGAUGCAAUUUUGCAGCAAGUUCCCAAUGGUAUCACCGAGGACCUUGGCCGUCAGGCCCUCGAUGUUGCGAUAUUUGAAGUAUCGGUGCUUAUGGAGCGUUCCCGACUCCGCUUCACCAUGACACAUGGGAGGAAACUGAGGCACCAGCCAGAAAUCCAGAAAUGGGUUGCAGAGUUUGCUUCCACUAUUGAAAGCGCGGUCAUUGGGUUGAAGGGGCUUGACUUGGAGUAUACGUUAAGUGAUUUCCCGAUGCUGGCGUUGGAUUAUCAGACAUUGAAUACUCUGGUCCACGAACGCUUAAGCAAGCUGGACAAAAGCGGCCCCACUGAGAUUGAGGACAUAUAUCCUUGCACUCCAAUGCAGGACGGGAUUCUAGCAAGCCAGGCGAGCAACCCUAGUCUUUACAGAUCAUCCAUUCGAUGGAUGAUCGAGGCUGGAGAGGGAGCCGUUGUUGAUGGUAACCUCCUGCUUGAAGCGUGGUCUCAAGUCGUACGACGACACAGCAUUCUGCGAACAGCCUUUAUUCAAAGCGUCAGCCUGCAGUCAUUGUUCAGUCAGGUUGUAUUCAAGAGUUACAAACCCCGCGCUUCCCUUAUACAUUGUGGCCAAGAUGGUGUCUUCAAACCCCUUCAAGGGCGAGAAGCUCUGGAAUCUGCGUCUAUACAUGAGCACGAGUUUACCAUCUACCGCACCGGGCCGUCAACAGCGUUCUGUCAGCUCGCAAUCAACCAUGCUCUGUUCGAUGGUGCAUCCGUCCAGGUACUCGUCAGAGAUUUAGCUCUUGCUUACAAAAACGCGCUUAUCCCAAAACCUGGUCCUCUUUACAAGGAUUAUGUGCUCUAUGUCAGCCAAAGGUCUAGUGUUGAGGACCAAGAAUACUGGGGCAAGUACCUUACUGGAUGUCCUUCUUGCUAUAUUCCAUGUUGCGAAGGACGACAGACCGAUUACGCAGAGCAGGCUAUAAGCAUGGAGCCCUCUCUCGUUCAGAAGAUUCGAGAGUUCUGUGUGCAAAGGGAGCUCACCACAGCAAACGUGUUCCAACUCGCGUGGGCGCUGGUAUUACGAACAUUCACGGACUCAAAUUCUGUUUGCUUUGGAUGCCUGACAUCUGGACGAGAUGUUCCCGUGGAUGGGAUUCUGGACGCAGUAGGCGCGUUUAUGAACAUGCUGGUCUGCCGAUUCGAUAUGGUUGAUGAGGAGCCUCUGAUAAAGGUGUUAGAGGCAUCAAAGAAUCAAUUCCGACAGAGCCUAGAGCAUCAACAUAUGCCGUUGGCAGAAGUUCACCGCACCCUGGGGCUCCAAGGACAGCACCUUUUCAACACAGCAAUCUCAUUCCAGACAUCUGGUGGCACACUGGCAAUCGACGAGCUACAGAUCCAGCAGCUACCAGAAAAUGACCCGAGCGAAUAUGAUCUCACCCUGAACGUCGUGGAUUCUCCUGCCGCUGUGGACGUUGCGUUCAGAUACUGGAAAUCUCGACUUCCGGAUGGGCAAAUACGGUUCAUUGGCAAAAUGUUCGCGGAGGCUCUUUCUGUUAUCGUCAAUGACCCUGACCAGAGUAUCCGGCAUGCUAAAAUAUCGGAUGCUCGUUGUGAUGUGAUAUUUGACUGGAACAAGAACAUCCCAUCUCCGACAGAUCGCUGUCUACACCAAAUUUUCCAGUCCAUGGCUGAGAGACGUCCUGACGAUGAGGCUGUCUACUCAUCCCAAGAGUCCUGGACAUUCAAGGAAUUAGAUUCGAUGUCCUCGGUCCUCGCAAUCAAGUUAACGACCGUUGGUGUUGGCCCUGAAGUCCUGGUUCCUAUUUGCUUCGAGAAAUCGAUAUGGGCCAUCGUGGCAAUGUUAGGCAUACUCAAGGCAGGCGGCGGCUUCGUACCACUUGAUCCAAAACAUCCGCCGCAACGGCACCUCGCUAUCAUCGAAGACAUAAAGGCUCAUCUUGUUCUUGGAUCAGCCUCGACCAGUGCGAGCCUCCGUUCAUAUGUCCCAACGGUGUUAGAGGUGGGCCGGGAGGCAAUAGAUUGGAAUCUGUCCACCCAGAGUAUUCCUCCCAGCAAGAUUGCAACUCCUUCAAAUGUGGCCUACAUCAUCUUCACGUCUGGCAGCACUGGGAAACCCAAGGGUGUUGUCAUUGAACAUCGUGCUGUAAGCUCUAGCUGCACAGAGCAUGCUAAACCUAUGGGAUUUGAAGCUUCUUCUCGGGUGCUCCAGUUCUCCUCUUACACCUUCGAUGCCGCCAUUGCUGAGAUUUUCACCACUCUUAUCACGGGUGGCACAGUCUGCGUCCCUACAGACCAGGAGCGAAUGGGAAAUAUCGUGCGUUUCAUCAACGAGGCGCGGGUGAAUUGGGUCUUCUCGACUCCAUCAUUUAUUCGCACGGUCAAGCCGAUGUCCGUCCCAACCGUACGUACUUUGGCUGUAGGCGGGGAAAUUCUAGGACAAGAUAUUCUUGCUACUUGGACCCCCCACGUUACAUUCAUCCACGUCUACGGCCCGACCGAAUGCUGCAUCUUUUCGGUGUCACAUACUGUCAACAGAGAUGAGGGCCAUCGAGUUAUACUGGGUCGAGCCUUCGGCAGCGUGUCCUGGAUUGUCGAUCCCAACAAUCCCGACAAGUUGGCUCCUCUGGGAUCCGUCGGUGAGCUUCUGCUUCAGGGCCCAAUUCUGGCGCGUGAAUAUCUCAACAACCCUGAAAAGACUGCAGAGGCGUUUAUUGACAGCCCGGCCUGGCUCCCCGGUGAAUGCCAGAGGAUGUACCGUACCGGGGACCUCGUGCGAUAUAACGCGGAUGGAACAAUGAUGUACAUUGGACGGAAAGAUAACCAGGUGAAGUUGCGUGGCCAACGUCUGGAGCUCGGCGAGAUCGAGUACAACAUGAGCCUUAGUCUCCCUGAGCGCACAGCGGUCGCAGUAGAACUCGUUGAUCGCGCAGGAACAGAGAUAUCCAAGGCUUUGGCAGCAUUCGUUUGUCAUGAUGCCGGUCGCACCGAUACGAUAAGCGACGAAGACCUCUUCGAUCCGAUGACGGGGACGUUCCGAUCGCAGAUGAAAGAUCUACGGCAAAAGCUAGAGAGGGCAUUUGCCAGCUUACAUGGUACCGUCCAUCUAUAUUCAGCUGAAGAAAAUGCCUCCUACGCCGACUGGGAAACUCGACCGACAGCUCCUUCGUCGAUUAGUUGCAAACCUCUCCCAGAAGGAUCAGGCACUUUACUCCCUUACAACAGACGAGCCUAA